CACCUCCGCGCCCUCGACGUCGACCACAACCUGCUGCCCUCCUUUCCCGCCCCGCUGCUGGAGCUGGCCGCCCUGGAGGAGCUCGACUGCUCUGGCAACCGACACCUCGGGGCCCUGCCCGAGGGCAUCGCUGCCCUGCACCGCCUCAAGAUCCUCUGGCUGAGCGGCACAGGGCUGGCAGCCCUGCCCGAGGGCCUCUGCCAGCUGAGCGCCCUCGAGAGCCUCAUGCUGGACGGCAACCGGCUGCAGGCCCUGCCUGCCGGCUUUGGCCGCCUGCAGCGGCUCAAGAUGCUGAACCUCUCUUCCAACCUGCUGGGGGAGUUCCCAGCUGCCAUCUUGGCAUUGCCCAGUCUGGAGGAGCUCUACCUGAGCCGCAACCAGCUCACCCUGCUGCCCCCUCGCCUCUGUCAGCUCCGCCAGCUCCGCACCCUCUGGCUAGACAACAACCGCAUCCGCUACCUGCCUGACUCCAUCGUGCUCCUCCACAGCCUGGAGGAACUGGUCCUGCAAGGCAACCAGAUUGCCAUCCUGCCUGAGGGCUUUGGGCAGCUUUCCCGUGUCACCCUGUGGAAGAUCAAAGACAACCCCCUCAUCCAGCCCCCUUAUGAGGUAUGCAUGAAAGGCAUCCCCUACAUCGCAGCCUACCAGCAGGAGCUGGCCCACUCCCAGCCGGCCCUCAAACCCCGCCUCAAGCUGGUCCUCAUGGGCCUAAAGGAUGCAGGAAAGACCCUGCUGAGACGAUGCCUCAUGGAGGAGGAUGGGCAGAGGGAGGACGUGGGAAGUCUGGAGGCAGGAAGCACCCAGCCCAGAGGGUGCCCUGGGCAGCAGCAGGACAGUGGGAGAGUGCCAGUUGGGUGUUGCCCCUUCUCCGAGCCUCAGGACACUUCCUCAGCAUGGGUACCUGCCAUACAGCAGCUGGAACAUUUCCCCAUUGAGGGGCAAGACGUCCCUUCUCACGUGCCCUCUAAUCGAGUGAAAGGGGAAACACCGUGUCCUGCACUGCCAUUGCCACCGAAUGCUACCCAAGCACCAUCAGGACUGGGACUGUUGGGAGGCAGCAAGGGUAUUGAGGUGAUGGACUGGACAGCAGAUGCAGAGAGGGGCCUGACAUUCAUUGUGUAUGAGCUGGCUGGGGACCCCAGCUAUGAUGUGAUCCAGUCUUUCUUCCUCUCUCCUGGAGCCCUGUACGUGCUGGUGGUGAAUUUGAGUGCCUACGUCCCUCAGCACUUUUACCCCUCUGUGGGCUAUUUCUUGCACUGGCUUGGUUCCAAGGUGCCCCAUGCCGUGGUGUGCAUGGUGGGAACCCAUGCUGAUCUCUGUGCGGAGCGGGAGUUGGAAGAGAAGUGCCUGGACAUCCAUCACCAGAUUGCUCAGCAGGAGAAGAGGGAUGCUGAGGGACUCCAGAGUUUGGUCCAGCAGGUGGAUGAAGCUCUGGGACAGGACUUUGACCUGCGCUGCUCCAGCCCGCACGCUGCCUUUUAUGGGGUCUCGGACAAGAACUUGCGGCGAAAGAAAGCCCAGUUUCAGUACCUUCUCAACCACCGCCCACAGAUCCUCUCUCCAGUGCUGCCUUUCAGCUGCCAGGACCGUUGCCAAGUGCGUCGCCUGCGGGACAAGCUCCUCUCAGUAGCUGAGCACCGGGAUAUCUUCCCAAACCUGCACCGGGUGUUGCCCAAAUCCUGGCAAGUGCUGGAGGAGCUGCACUUCCAGCCCCAAGCUCAGCAGCUGUGGCUUAGCUGGUGGGACUCUGCCCGGUUGGGCUUGCAGGCGGGCCUGACAGAGGAUCGGCUCCAGAGCGCCCUGUCCUACCUGCACGAGAGUGGGAAGCUGCUCUACUUUGAGGAGCACCUCACCUUGCGGGAGUAUGUGUUCCACAACCUGCCGCGGCUCAUUGACAUCCUCAAUGUCUUCUGCCAGCGGGAUGCCACCGUGCUGCUCCAGAAACUGCUCAGCGACACCCACAUUGAUGAACUGAGGGCCACUCAGCUCCAUCAUUACGUGGAGGGCUUCUUGCUGCACGGCCUCCUCCCUGCCCACGUUAUCCGUCUCCUUCUUAAGCCCCACAUCCAGAGCCGUGAGGAUCUGCAGCUCAUCUUGGAGCUGUUGGAGAAGAUGGGGCUCUGUUACUGUGUCAACAAACCCAAAUGCAAACCCCUAAAUGGGGCAGCCGCUUGGUACAAGUUUCCCUGCUACGUGAAAAAUGAGGUGCCCCAUGCAGAGGCGUGGAUCAACGGUGCCAAUCUGAGUGGACAGUCCUUUGUGGUUGAGCAGCUGCAGAUUGAAUAUAGCUUUCCAUUCAUUUUCCCACCCGGCUUGUUUGCACGCUACAGCGUCCAGAUUAACAGCCAUGUUGUUCAGCGGUCAGAUGGCAAAUACCAGAUCUAUGCCUACCGGGGAAAGGUGCCCGUGGUGGUGAGUUACCGGCCUGCCAGGGGAGCUCUGCAGCCAGAUACUCUGUCUAUCGCUAGUCAUGCAUCCCUACCAAAUAUCUGGACAGCUUGGCAAGCUAUUACCCCUUUAGUGGAAGAACUGAAUGUUCUACUCCAGGAAUGGCCGGGCCUGUACUACACUGUGCACGUCCUCUGUUCAAAGUGCCUUAAAAGAGGGUCACCCAACCCACACACUUUUCCAGGAGAACUGCUGAGUCAGCCAAGACCAGAGGGACUGACGGAGAUCAUCUGUCCCAAGAACGGCAGCGAGCGAGUUAAUGUUGCCUUGGUUUACCCCCCCACUCCUACUGUGAUCAGCCCUUGUUCCAAAUAAAUCGUCAGUGCUGGUGCCAAAGGUUUUCCACCGGGCAGAACAUGGCUGAUGCUCUGCAGUGCUCCCAUCUCUCCAGUUGUGGAGUUGCAUGCUGACGGGGAUCGAUGGGACUUUGGACUCUGAAAUGCUAUGAGGCAGGGGCAGCUCCCAGGUGGGAGCCUCGUGGCUGGAGUGGAUGCAGUCACCUGGAGUUCGGGGACGACAAUGAGGCAUGAAACAAAACGAUUGCUGCAGAUGGCAGGGCCACUGGCCAGAGGGAAGGCACUGGGGAUAGGAUUCUGUGGACCCAUUGAUCGUGUGUUGAAAACCCAUUUGGAUCUCAUGAUGAAUGUAAAAAUGUUCUUGGUACCAUUUAAUUCAGACCUGCUUGGAGGAAAGUCUCUUGAAAUGAGCUGUAGCGGGAUUCCCUGGAUUUGUUCCUGGACAAGAAGAAAACUAGCGAUUUGUUCCUGUGACGUUGCGUGGAAACCACAUUGUAAAGAAACCACAAACUGGAAUCAUUUUCCAGCCGGAGCCCUGUUUCCCAGUGUGCCCAUCUGGUCUGGCAUGCAAUGAGCGUUGAAGGAGUGAGAGGACAGAGCAGACGUCUUACAGCCUGCUCCUUGGGACCACAGCCCUCCUGCCAGGCCAUGCCACUCAGCGGGAGCAUAGCAUUACCUGGCCUUUGCAGGCACUCCGUCUGCUGUGUGCACGGAAGCUGUAAUGCCGGGAGUGUGGCAAUAUGGAGAUCAGUCUAUCUGGGUCUAUUUAAUAUGAAAUGGUGAUCGCUCAUCCGCCCACUGUUUAGUAACUGGUGUAACUGUGUUUUCAUCUGUAUUUUUUUAAAUAUGCAAAAGCCAUUUAAUUUUCUAUGCAGUUCAAAAAGUUUCCUCUUUGCAACUGACAGGUGGGAGAUCUUUGCAGGAGAACCAAGCCAAGUGGCUGAUAGUCCUUUUGAUUUUGCUGUCACUGUCUCUUAAGGAUGCGUCCUGGAAUCCUCUGCACACAAUGUCCCUUUGCUGAGCUCCUGCCUCUUAGAUCCCACCUAACAUCUCUGAGCCCCAGGGAUGAGGGCCCCGUAUUUUUGAAGGAUCUAUCAUUUUUCAUGAGUCAAACUACAAGGAAAGAGAGCUUUAAGGUGGUGCCCUAAUAGCAGAGAUACCUGAGUUCAGAGCUAUUAUAUUCCUGUUCUUGUCCCUGCUCUGAGAGUUACUGAACUGUUAGAAAUGACUAAGGCCUCUGUGGAGCACCCUGCAGCCUUUUCUGAAAGUGUGUUAUAAAGAGGGCAGGAAGUACUGGGGCAUCAGUUGUCUCCCUGUGGAGCUGACAAUGAAUUUAACCCCUUUGGAACAGCAGAAUCUCCUGGUACUAGAUGCCUACUUCACUCAAGAGGACUGCACUGGUUUUGCCUAUUGGUUUGCAGACCCCUUUCUUGUUGACCAGUUGAUUUCCUACUGAAACUGGUGCUGAUGGGUUUGGAAGCAGAGCUGGCAAGCUGCUUUGCGCUGCAGGACGUUCAGCAGAUGGAAUAUGUCCUGGAGUACCUUGCGUUAUGCUCUGAAGCAAAACCUGGGAUUCGAACCUGCAUCCGUCCAAGUGAAACUCCCAGGAUAGCAGCUUUGCCUUCUGCUGGGUCUGUGUAAUAUGUCAGAAAUUGCAUAUCCCUAAACAGCACGCAAAUCUGUUGAGGUAGAGUGAGAGGGAGCCCAAAUGGUGAUGCUGCACAUCUAGCUCAUCAUAGAGCUUGCAGGGGCACUUAGAGGCCUCUGGCAACUGCAGAGUGUCCUGGGUGAUGGGACACCUCUGCUUUAACUGUGCUGAAGGCAGUAAGGUCAGAGAAAUAAGAUUGUUUCCAACCUUCCCCAAGGCCAGGAUACGUUUGACUAGUCUUCUUUCAUGGCAAAGCUGUUCUUUCUGCAUUUUGUGUCUGCUCUGAGCUUGGAGGAUUCACCUUCAAACAGAAUUAGAGACCAGAGUUGAAUUUAACCUGCCUUGUGGUCUCUCAAAUCAGAUGGAAGAAAGUGGGGGCUGCAGAAGCAAGAGUCAUCUCCCUUACAGCAUCCCCCAUGCUGCAAUGCCACAGUGGCUGUGAAAACUCAAUAGUGUAUUUGGGUGCUGCGUUCCCAGGAACCCAAUAUGUGCUUGGCUGUGCUGUAGCACCAGAGCUUGCAUGGGGACCCUAUUCUCUUCCCCUUUGUACCUCUGAGGUAGUUAAAGUCUGCAGAGCAGCAGGGGCUCCUCACUGUGAGGAAACAGACAUGGUUGUGUUGAAGGGAACUGCAAAUGGUAUUUAGGAGCUCACUAAGUGAGAUGAAAACCCACUGGCUCACUCCUGCAGAGCCAGAUCCUGGAGCUCAGCUCCUCCUGCACCCUUUGAAUGGGAUCUUGGGCUGGCAUCCUUGCAACAGCAGUGUGGGGAGGUAGAGAUGCUGCACUGCAGUAAGCACAAGACGAGGCAAGCAAGUGGGCCUCAGUGUAGCACUCAUCACGCGCUUCAUGGCUCAGUUCAUGGACUGUAAUUGCAGGUAUUCAUAUAAUCUGCAUCACUGGGCAGGACUCUACGCACACACACACACAUGCAUGCCCAGACGUACACACACCACACCCACACUUGCCCACACAUCCUCGCCAAAACAACUGAAAAUAAAAGUGAUCUCAAGGAGAGGCCUGGCUGUUUG